GCCUUGCACCGUUGCUCUUUUAAGGUCGCCCUCUACCGCUGCCUGGUGUUGCCCGUUUAAGGCCUCGGCGGUUCAUGCGGCUCCUGCCUGGGGUGGGGAAGCGGCCGUGAGCUUGUGCUGCCGCGAUCCCCGGCGCAGAGGGGCUCAAGGCCGCGCGGAGGCAACGCGAUGGCGGAGAAACGCGUCUCCCGCUGGUACUUCGGGGGCCUGGCCUCGUGCGGGGCGGCCUGCUGUACCCACCCGCUAGACCUGAUCAAGGUCCAUCUGCAAACCCAGCAGGAAGUGAAGCUGCGCAUGACAGGGAUGGCACUACAUGUGAUUCGCUGUGAUGGCUUUCUAGCACUCUACAAUGGGCUUAGUGCCUCACUCUGCCGACAGAUGACGUACUCCCUCACCCGCUUUGCCAUCUAUGAGACUGUGAGGGACCGCUUGACCCAGGGUGCCCAGGGGCCAAUGCCCUUCUACCAGAAGGCGUUGCUAGGUGCAGCAGGAGGUUUCGCUGGUGGGUUCGUGGGGACCCCAGCUGACAUGGUAAAUGUCAGGAUGCAGAAUGAUAUGAAGCUACCACUACCUCUGAGGCGCAACUACUCACAUGCCCUGAAUGGGUUAUAUCGUGUGUUCCAUGAAGAGGGUGUAAAGAAAUUGUUCUCUGGAGCAACAAUGGCAUCCAGUCGAGGAGCCCUGGUUACUGUUGGACAGCUCUCCUGCUAUGAUCAAGCCAAGCAGUUGGUUCUUGGGACCGGUUGGCUCUCUGACAAUAUUUUCACCCACUUUCUGGCCAGCUUUAUUGCUGGUGGGUGUGCCACAUUCCUGUGUCAGCCAUUGGACGUGCUAAAGACACGGCUUAUGAAUUCCCAGGGGGAGUAUCAGGGUGUUAUGCACUGUGCAUUGGAGACUGCCAAGCUUGGACCAUUGGCCUUUUAUAAGGGCCUUGUUCCUGCUGGCAUCCGUUUGGUCCCACACACUGUGCUCACCUUCAUUUUUUUGGAGCAGCUGCGAAAGUACUUUGGGAUUGUAGUGUUGGCCUAAGGGAGGCCUGUCUAGCUGGAGACGUGAAAGGAAGGAAAUGGGCCUGAAAAUUGGGACCCUGCCGUGCUCAGGCAUCACACACAAGCUCUUGUCAAAACGCAGCUGUCUUACAGUGCCCUUCUUAGUGCCAUAGCCAAUAGCUGUCCUUUCCUAGAAUGAUCCCUUCUUAGUGCCUGACAGUCAUGUUGGCUAAUCAUGAGCCAGCCCUUCAGUAUCGUUUGGUGCCUAACGGUACAAGCCAGCCAGCCAAUUGUAGGAUUUCCUCAUUCAGCACCCCAGUGCCACUGAGUAGGCAGACCACAAACACCUUUCUUCCAUGCCCACCAAUCCACUGAUGACUCUGCCUACUGCCUGCCAGCACUACAGUGCUGCCUUGCUGAUCCCACAGUAUUCUUCUUUAAUGCCCAAUAAUGCCACAAGGCCGCCAGCAUUCCAACAACUGCAUCUGCUUCACUUCUGACCAAAAUGCUUGUCAGCUGUGCCUUGCAGUGCCAUAGUACUCCUUUUCCGUGUCAUGGACUGUAAAUCACCAUACCCACAGUGCCAUCUUCUUUUGUGACCCUCUUCUGAUUUGUUCCCAUCCUGCUAUUGUACCAGUAGCUUCCUUUCCCAGUCAUCCCAUCAUGGUGGGCCUGAAGAAAGUGGCUAUGUAGAGUCUUAAGGUGGUUAUUUCUGUGGCUCUUUUAAACGUUUACAGCAGUUGAAGAGCUAGCUCCUCAUGGAAGACCUCAUAAUAGCAUUAUGCUAAACUGAACAAAGGUCUCUUUUCCCUCCCUUCUUGCCCCUCAGGAUCCCAGUUUAACGGUUUUUUGAAAGACAUCAUUUCUCUCACUGCUUCCAGCCUGCUCCCUUGUUCCUACCUCAGUCUCCCUUUACCUUCAGGGCUACGGUCUAAGGAGCCGGUGGCUCCUUGUACUUAUCACCUUUGUCUGGAAGAAAUCUCAUGCAAGCCACACACACACACACACAAACCAAUCCCCAGAGAAGUUUAGCAUCCCUUGCUUUUAUUUUGCCUCUUGCUUCAGCAUUCAAGCCCUGAUCAGCCAAAGCCUUCUGAAACCAAAGGGCCCUGUUGGCAUCUCGAACCAAUGACAGCGGGGAGCAGGUUUGUGAAGUACUGGUGAGAAGAAAAUGUCAACUUAGCUGGCCUGCAGGGAGUGGGGACAACUUCUCACCCUGCUCCUGUAUGCCAAUCAAGUAGGUAACUAAGCUGAGGGAAGAGGGGGAGAGUAUAGGCCCAAGUGGCCAAUGUCUCAUGGGACAGUGCUUGUCCAAAUACCUACAGUUUGUCAUUAUCACACUUGGCAUCACCUGGGGAUAAUGUCAUCUGUAUUGUGGUCAAGAGGAUGGGCUAGGACUGCAAGGUGGGGGGCUCUCUAUUUACUACAGUUACUUUAGGACAAGUGUCAGAGUAAGGCACCCAAUUACCUCCAGGCCUCCUUUCCAUGCUACCUGUCCUAGCUCUGCUGUGGCAGUUCGUCUGAGCCUUUUCUGGUAGCACUGAAGGAAGCCUAAAAGCCCAUGGAGCUUCUCCAGGUUGCCUUUACUGUAGCAUUGAUUUUUUAAAAAUGGCUCUGGCCCACCCAGGUCCUGUUUAAUUAAAUAAGUUUUGUCCGUUUUGUUUUGUUGUGUUCCUUCUCACUGCUGGCACAUAUCACCCAGCGACCCACCCACCAGCAAGUGGAUGGACCGUCCCCAGUGUGUGACUUGUCAUUCCAGAGGGUGGUGACCCAUUGGGCAUGAUGAACCAGAGCAAGUGAU